ACCAACUCAACUUACGGAGCAGCCCUGUCGUCUUAUCUUGUCUGUGGUGCUUCAGCAAGAUUACAGACCAAUCGAAACAAUCAAAAACAAUGUUCGCCAUCAAUAACCGCAUGGACUCAGAGUCUCACAAGUUAAUUUAGUUAUCUCAGAAGAUGUUUUCAAGCUGGGUUUCGGAAUUUCUGACCUUUUCUUUGAAAAAAGUCAAUCUAUAGGCUGUCUCUUAACCUUCUAUGAUGUAGUCAUAAAUCCAAUGAAAUGCGGAAAAAAGACGCAGUUGCCUGUGCUUUUGUGGUGCUGUGCGUAUGGGUUUUGAUGACAUCGUUUCUGCUUCUGUUUCACCCCCUCACCUCUUCAAAAGAUCUUAAGAAAGACGCAGAGCUAGAAGAACGUUUAAGUAAAUUAGAGUCAUCUCUCAUAGAGGAAGCACAUGUCCAUGAUUCUCUGUUAAGUCACAUACGGACUCUUAUCAACAAAAAAGAUGGAAUCAAAGGGAAUGAAAAUAGUCUACUAGACCAAGUUAAAAGUGUUGUGCUGAAACCUGGUGAAGAUGGUGAUAAUGCAGGAGUAGCAGAGGCAGAUUCCCCUGACCCACCUGAACCUGGUGUUGAAACAGACUACCUUGGAGCUGAUGGUGAUCAAGUAGAACAGGUUGAUGAAGGCCCUGUUAAAGGCCCCACCAUUGCAAUAUUAGUGUUCUCUUGUAAUCGGGUUACAGUAAGUCGUUGCAUAGAUGGCCUGUUACGUUACCGUCCGUCUAAACAACAAUUCCCAAUUAUAGUUUCUCAAGACUGCAUGGAUACAGCCACUGCAAAUGUCAUCCGCUCAUAUGGCGAUAAAAUAUCAUUUAUUCAGCAACCUGACCAGAGUGAUAUUCCAAUUCCUCCAAAAGAGAAAAAGUUUAAAGGAUACUUCCGCAUUGCCAGACACUAUGGAUGGGCUCUAAACCAUACAUUCUUUACCUUUAAUUACAAUUCUGUAAUUAUUGUUGAAGAUGAUCUAGAAGUAGCACCAGACUUCUAUGAGUACUUCUUGGGUACUCAUGAAUUGCUUAAAAAAGAUCCAUCAUUGUGGUGUGUGUCUGCAUGGAAUGAUAAUGGCAAAGAAGCAUUAGUGGACACAACACACCCAGAACAACUUUAUAGAACUGAUUUUUUCCCAGGCCUUGGGUGGAUGCUCACUCGAGAGUUGUGGGCAGAGCUAGCUGUUAAAUGGCCUAAAUCGUAUUGGGAUGAUUGGAUCCGGGACCCGGGUCAAAGGAAAGGAAGAGCAUGUAUCAGACCAGAAGUAUCUCGGACCAGAACUUUUGGCAAAGUGGGAGUUAGCAAUGGCCUAUUUUAUGAAAAACACCUUAAAUACAUCAAAUUAAAUGAUAUGCCUAUUCGGUUUACUAGCAUGGAUUUAGGCUAUUUACACAAGGAUGUAUAUGAUGUUGAGUUCGUGAAAAAGGUCUAUGAUAGUCCCAUCAUAUCAUAUGAAGAACUGAAGACUGGGAAAAUUCCCUUUUAUGGUGAUGUCAGGAUCCCAUAUCAUACCAAAGACAAUUAUAAAAGAACGGCUAAAAUGCUUGGUCUAAUGGAUGAUUUUAGGAGUGGUGUGCCAAGAACAGCUUAUCGUGGUAUAGUAACAUUUAUGUAUAAUAAGCGUAGAGUAUAUUUGGCUCCAAGUGCCAAUUGGAAAGGAUAUAACAUAAAAUGGAGUUAGUGCUUGACUGAAGACCCAUUGUGCCACACAUACAUAUAAUUGAGGUUCUAAUUUUGCCGCUGUGCACAAUGUGGAGUGAGGAGGUUCUAGCGCUUCCUGCCUCAGUACCUUUGUGGCCUAUCACUUUCUACAAACCCAUAUUGUAGCAUAAACUUCUUCGAUUACAAAGUUUAGAGCAUCAUAUAUCUAUGUUGAAAUCGUCUUUUUCAAUCCCCCUGAUAGUUUGACCAAUAUUGAUCAUUCUGCUCAAUGUUGCAUUAUUUAGUGUAUUAUUUUAGCACCACAAGUAAGUGGAUAAUGAAAAGACUUCCUCUCAUGCAAAGUUUUGCAAGACUUUUACAUUCUUAUGAAUUUCUAUCAUCUCAUUUGUUGGAUAUAGAGGAGAGGGCUCAUGUGGCCAUGGCAUUCCCCUUUGCAGCAACUCCUCAAAAUCUGUGGUAUUCCUUCAUUUUCAUCUAAAGUAAAAGUAACAAACAGUAACUAAUUCUGCAAUAGUGGUUGCAUUUUGUAGUUAACUAAGUUUGAUUUAAUGGUUGUUAAUUUUUUAAAUUGUUUACCAAUAUUUGUCUGAAUGCAGAUUCAUAUGCUGAAAAAAAAAUUGUUUAUCCCCUGCACCUUUUAACCCAGUAACCAGCCUCUUGUGAUAAAGUUCUUAUUGGAAACAGGUCCCCAGCUUCACUGUACUUCUCCCUUAAAUCUCCAAAGUAAAUGCCUUUUUUGUUCUUUCAAAUAUUUUGUGAACUAAUGUUGUGUAAUGAGUGAUUUUGUUGCCUAUGUAGUAAAGCUAACAAGGCCUUACUUGUAAUUGAACUUUAAUUCAGUGUUAAUGUAGAUAUGUAAGUAGUACUUACCAUAUUGAGUGAAUGAGGAGGGAAAAAGUCACACAUUGCAUGAAAAUUGAGUGUUGAGUCUCUAAAUUCUGAAAAAAAUUCUUGUUUUAGUUCUUAAAAGACUUCAAAGGGUUUUUUUUUCUGUGGCACGAGUGUUUUCUCCUUCCUCUCUUCAUGACUUUGUUUCAGCCUUCUGCGAGUUAUUGCUACUCUUAGCAGCAUAUUGAAUGAGUAUAUAUGCUCCAUUAAUUUGUUAGCUGGAUUAAUGCAUGCUGGAUGUGCAACACAUUAAGGACUUGUAGUUGUUAAUUAGAUAUUUUGGGGCUCUAGUGCACAAUAGUUCAAUGGCAUCUUGAAUGUUGGGCCACCAAUGUAAUUUGUCUGUGAUGUAUUCUGUAUCUCAAAGUGUUAGUUGAACUACAUUCUACAAAACAAUGCUGGUGGGCAAGGAGUAGGUUGAAGGAUCAGAUUUUGAUUGAUGCCUCGUUAGUAAUGUCUUUGUAGAAGAUUGUAGAACAAUGUGAUAAGGAAAAAAAUACCACCAGUUUUUUUGUGUACAUAACUGAAUUACAUAAGAUUGUGAGAGAAAAUAAAA